AUGUAUAUGAUGGUUGGAUUUGAUCCUUCUUUCUUUGGUGAUGAGACUAAAUUUGUGCGUGGUCUAAUUUCUGAAGGAAGUGUGUAUUGUCUGCCUGGCUCCGCCUUCUCGUUACCAAAUUGGUUCCGUCUUGUAUUAGCCUUUCCAAACGAAACAACAACUGAAGCUUGUGAGAGGAUUGCGGCCUAUUGUUCUUGACAUUUACGCCCAUGUGUAGAAAGAUUGGAAGCAUCAAUGUCAAUUAAAAAUAAGUUAUGGGAAGACUGAUGUGAAUUUGUCUUCAACAUGUGGAAAUUUGGCCUUUGUUGGUGAUUCUUCCCAAUCUGUUCUUAUUCAAAAACGAGAUGAUGCAAGUGUGCCUCAACACCAAUCAUUCUUCGUACAAGUGCGGCAGAUGGCUCUGAAACAUCAACAGACACACCAAG